CUGAGUGAGGAUGGGAAAGCUCACUGUGUGCGUCUCUGUGCUGCUGAUGAUGAUGACGACACUCAGUGAAAGCAGUUACAUGAAUCCUUGCUGCACGCAGUACAAUGAAAAUCCGAUCCCUGUCCGAUUUUUGCGAUGCUACAUAGUCCAGGAGGUCACAAAUUUCUGCAACCUCAAGGCAGUAAUUUUCAAGACGCUGAAAAAUAAAUUUGUUUGUGCAAACCCUGACUCAGAGUGGGUGCAGCAGGCCAUGGAGUCAGUGCCAGAAAUUGGACAACACCUGAAGCAGUCAACUUAAAGACACAAGAGACGCACAAGAUGAAUUGAAU